AUGGCGAGCUCCAGCACGACCACGACCGGCCUGGAGGCGCGCGACAUGGUGCUGGCCAAGAACACGCCGGAGCAGCUCGCCGAGCACCAGCGUGUGACGCAAGGCAAGGUGCGCACGCGCUUCCCGCCCGAGCCGAAUGGAUAUCUGCACGUGGGCCACGCCAAAUCGAUGAACAUGAACUUCUUCGAGGCCUUCGAGAAGCUAGGUGUACCUAUGGACAAGCGUGAGACCUACUUCCGCUACGACGACACCAACCCAGAGGCCGAAAGCAACGAAUACAUCGACGCCAUCGCCAACAACGUGCACUGGUUGGGAUACACGCCCACCAAGGUCACGUACAGUAGCCAGUACUUCCAAGAACUGUAUGAACUGGCACUCAAGCUCAUCCACAAGGGAAGAGCCUACGUUUGCCACCAGAAAAAGCCUGAGAUCGAGGCUUCUCGCAUCGUGUUGCAGCAGUUCCACGCCACUCCCGGCGUCAAGGACGAGAAGGACGUCCCUGAGGCCGGCAAGUCCCCGUUCCGCUCGCGCUCGGUCGCUGAGAAUCUGGCCGAGUUCGAGAAGAUGCGUCUCGGUCUGUACGGUGAAGGAGAGGCCUGCCUGCGGAUGAAAAUGGAUCUCGGUAGUCCCAACCCAAACAUGUGGGACCACGUGGCCUACCGCAUCAAGUUCGUGCCCCACCCGCACAUCGGCAACAAGUGGUGCAUCUACCCUACGUACGACUACACGCACUGCAUUGUGGACGCUCUAGAGCACAUCGACUACUCUAUCUGCACACUCGAGUUCGAGACCCGUCGCGAGUCAUACUACUGGCUGUUGCAUGAGUUGGACCUGUUCAAGCCCAACGUGUACGAAUUCGCCCGUCUGUCCAUGACCUACACGGUGCUCAGUAAGCGUAAAUUGCUCAAACUCGUGACGUCCAAGACGGUAUGUGGCUGGGACGAUCCUCGUAUGGGUACACUUAACGGUCUUCGUCGGCGCGGCUUCACACCCGAGAUCAUCAAGCAAUUCUGCAAGGACAUCGGUGUUACUCGAGUACAGUCAACGAUCCAGAUCGAGCGACUGUACUCUGUGGCUCGCAGUAUCCUCGGUGAGUCCUCGAAGCGCGUCAUGGCUGUGCUGGACCCAGUGGAGCUGGUGAUUGAGAACUAUGGCGACGCACCCGACAAGAACGCGCUGUCGCUGCGUGUACCGGACUACCCGCAGGAUGCGGAUCGUGACGGUGGCACCGCGUACCACCAAGUGCAGCUCACUCAGAAACUUUUCCUGGACCGUAGCGAUGUGCGUACUGAGGACUCGAAGGACUUCUACGGCGUGGCGCCGAACAAACAAGUGCGUCUGAAGUACGCCUUCCCCUUUACGUGCACGAAGCUGGAGACGGACGCCAGUGGACGCGUGAUCAAGGUGCUCGGCCAAAUGGACUGGACCAACGCAGCGAAGCCCAAGGGCGUGCUCUCGUGGGUGCCGGCCAACAGCCCCAAGGUGGAGGUGCGUGUGUACUCGCACCUGUUCACAGUGCCGGAGCUGCCGAGCGACGUCAAGGACUGGGAGUCGUUCGUGGACUCGAAGAAAUCGGAGCGUGUGUACGCGUCGGCGCGCGUGGAUCCUGAGUCGUACGCCAAGAACCUGGGCGAGAUCGUGCAGUUCGAGCGUGUCGGCUACUUCGUGCUGGACCAGGACUCGACCAAGGACAAGAAGGUGUUGAACCAGAUUGUGGCACUGCGUGAGAGUGGCGGCGAGGCGGCCAGCGGCGCGCCGGCAUCGGGCGCGAACGCGAGUCGCAAGGACGCGCAGAUGCAGCAACUGGCGCUCAAGAUGGAGAAGAUGAAGCUGUCGCCGGCCGACAUGUUCAAGAAGCAGCCGGAGCUGUACUCGCAGUUCGACGCUGAGGGUUUGCCGACGCACAACGCGGCCGGCGAGGAGUUGACCAAGAGCCAGCGCAAGAAGCUCAAGAAGGAGCAGGACAAGCAGAAGAAGCUGCACACCGCUUACCUCGCCAAGGAGAAGGCGUAG